CACCAUUGUAUAAAGUGAUCAAGUUUUAUAUUUUUGCAGCCGAAGCAAUAGGCUACACAAAGACAAUACCAGCAUUCCUUGACCCAGAUCUAAAGGAUGCUGAUAUGGUGCAUGGAGUUAGUUUUGCCUCAGCUGCUUCAGGCUACGAUGAUUUCACUGCCAAUAUCUCGAAUGUAUUACCUCUAUCGACCCAAAUCAAGUAUUUUAUGCAUUUCAAAUUGAAACUAAGGAGAGUUUUAGGUUAUAAUUUUGGUCGGCCGAUUAAUUAUAUAAUAUAAUAUAUAUAUAUAUAUAUAAAAAUAUAUUUCUUUAAUAUUACUGCCAACAAACAACCAAAUUAAUUAUUCUGAUCACUAGCUAGGCCCCAUUAAAGAAAGAUGGGCAAUACACAAAUAUAUAUACUAUACAAACACGGCAAUGGUACUUAUUCAGAUCAAACCUGCUGCCUAUUCAAUAAGAACCAUUAUUUUGAGACGUUUUUUAUGGUUAUUUUCCAUAUAAAACUCUAGCUCUUUGGUUCCUCAAUCGAGGCGAGAAAGAAAAUUUGCUAAAUCUAGCUAUAUUUAUAGAUUUAUGAUUAUGAGGAUGAGGGUGUUGGCAGUGGUAGUGGUUGUUAGCACAAUGCUAGUAGUUUUGGUAGAGUCUGGAGUGGUAGAAGUGGGUGUUAAUGCUGAUGAUCAUAGUCAUAAUAACACUGAGAAACAGAGUGAUGUUAUAAUUGACUACGGUCGAGUACGAAAAGUGGCAGCACGUAAUAACGUGACUUGCGUGUUAGUUUUCGGAGAUUCGAGUGUGGAUCCAGGCAAUAAUAACGUUCUUUCCACCACAAUGAAAGGGAAUUUCCCUCCUUAUGGUAAAGACUUCUUUGGUGGCCGCCCUACUGGCAGGUUCAGCGAUGGUAGACUUGCCACUGAUUUUAUAGCCGAAGCAAUAGGCUACACAAAGACAAUACCAGCAUUCCUUGACCCAGAUCUAAAGGAUGCUGAUAUGGUGCAUGGAGUUAGUUUUGCCUCAGCUGCUUCAGGCUACGAUGAUUUCACUGCCAAUAUCUCGAAUGUAUUACCUCUAUCGACCCAAAUCAAGUAUUUUAUGCAUUUCAAAUUGAAACUAAGGAGAGUUUUAGGUUACAAAAGGGCAGAGGAGACCGUAAGAAAUGCUGUAUUUGUUAUUAGUAUGGGCACAAAUGACUUUCUGCAAGACUACUACUUGGACCCAACUCGCCCCCAUCAGUUCACCAUUGGAGCCUAUCAAAAUUAUCUCGUCAAUAAUAUGGCCCAUUACAUUCAGGAAAUGCAUAAGCUAGGAGGUCAAAGAUUGGUAGUUGUAGGAAUACCACCAAUGGGGUGUAUGCCACUUGUGAAAACAAUAAUGGACGAAACAAAAUGCGUGGACAGUUACAACAAAUUGUCUGCCUCAUUCAACUCCAAGAUAAGUGAGAAACUUGUCUCUCUUAAGUCAACUUUGAAUAUGAAGAUUGGCUUCGUUGAUCCUUACGCCAUAUUUGUAGAUGCCAUGAACAACCCACAAAAAUAUGGAUUAGAAGAAAUUUCAAAAGGGUGUUGUGGGACUGGAACUAUAGAGUAUGGUGAUUCGUGCAAGGGUAUGGACACUUGCAAAGACCCAAGCAAGUACGUAUUCUGGGAUGCUGUUCAUCCCACUGAAAAAAUGUAUAAAAUCAUUGCAGAUAACGCCGUCGCAGCUGCUAAUAAGAACCUUUUCAUGAAAUAACUAAUAUAUAUAUAAAUUCCCGGCUCAAUUUCUGUGCAAAUUCUGGACGAUAUUCUGGAAUUUGCCAUUUGCUAUAUAAAUAUUUAUAUCAUCUUUUGUUGUCUAUGAUCAUAUUCUAUUAUUUUAAUGAUGUUAAUUCUUUGUUUUAUCAAUGGAUCAUUAUAGUUUUCGGAA